CUUUUGUAUCCCAAGUGCUUACUUAGCACAGCACCUGGCACAUAGUAGGAGCUUAAUGUUAACUGAAAGACAGAACUAUAAGUGAAAACAUAACAAUGAUUAAAUUAGAGUAACCACAGCUAAGAAUAUUGAAUCAGGGGAAGUUUCAUGGAGAUGGACUGAACUAAGAGAACUGAAUUAAAACCCAGGGACUGUCAAUCCAACCCUCAUUCCUAUGGGAAUUUCUAUAAGACAUAAUCAGGGUGUCAGAACUCCAGGAUUCUCUCCUGGAUUUGCUGAGAGGUGGUGGGUUGCUGUCAGGGCCCCAGUUCUCCUGGGAAAAUGAGAGCAUCAUCAUCUGCUGCACGAGGGCCUGUGGGUGGCAGAGCCCUGCUGAUGAGCUGUUCUUUACGAAGGCCUCCUAGGAAGUAGUUCCUAGGAAACCAGAAAAUACAGAACAGACACUUGUCUGGAUGCUCUGAGCUCGGAGGGCCUCCUCCGAGCCACUGCGUGGGUUCGUGGCUCGCUGCCCUAAGGUUCCCUCCUCUUCACCACCCUCAUCUUCCAUCUUUGCAGCUGGAGAGGUGGUGGCCGAAGGCCUGAGAUGGACUAGUCUCGGCCAGGCGGCCGGGCAGCCGCCUCAAAAGGUGCCUGGCGCUGGACUUGGGGACUUGCCAACGUUGCGGGGACAGACGGGGACCCCGUCCCCAGCCGGCCACUGCAGACCGCAAGGAACGAGGGACCAAGGAAAAGCGUGGCGAGGUGUGGGGGGCCAGGGACGGGGGCUUAUGAAGAUUCUCCCCUCCCCUACCCCUGCUUCCAUCCCUCUUCCCAGCACUGGGUGAAUUUCCCAAAAGAGGCAUGAGCUUCUCACUGGGGUUUGGGAGUUCCGGGAUCACGUGGUUCUACCAACGAGGAGGAGACAAGGUCGGCCAGCUCAGCCUCGGGCGCCCGGCUGAACGGAUUGGCGGGGACUAGCCAAUGGGCAGCCUCACGUGGCACCCGACUAGAGGAGGUGGCAGCCACGUGGUAGGAAGAGGAAGCGGUCACGUGGUAUGAGGAGGCGUCCAUCUUGAAAAAGGGCGAGGAGUGAUUUCCGGUCUGAGAUGUGCCCAGUCCCUUUUCUUCUCUUUGCUCUGCGAUGCAGCCCAGCAAGGUUGGAUUACACGCAAAUAGACUCGUUUUGUGCCUUGAUACCUCGGAGGGAGAGCGUCUUACAGAACAGCCCCACCCCACUGACGCCUCUGCCCACAAGAAAAAUGGCCGCUCGCCGCCUUCAUUGCCCACCUCUGCAAUCGGCAGGGAGGAAGUUACAAGGAGAAAAGAGUCCGGCUGGAAACCUCAGCUGGGCAGGUGCAGCAAGGGAGUAGCCGAAGAGUUAGCUUUGCUCUCUAGCUUAGCGGGGCGGACUCGGGAGCUCGUGGCACGGUGGCUAGCGCCGCUGCUGCCGCCGCCUCCUUCGCCUCCGCAAAGCCCUCAGCCCUCUCGUGGCCCCGGGCGACGCAGCCCGUGGCCAGCCCCAGUUGUCUAGAAAGGUCUCGUAAGUCGGCGGGCUGUGGUCCCCGGGUCCCCCGACCGGGCUCCUAGCGGGGCUCAACCCCGCUAGGGCGCCUUUCAUGGCUAUGAUGCGGCCCUUCCCGGCGCUGCCGCUGCUCAUCAACCUGGGCGGCUCGCUGCUGGGCUUCGUGGCCACGCUCACGCUCAUCCCGGCCUUCCGCGGCCACUUCAUCACGGCUCGCCUCUGCGGCCUGGACCUCAACAAGACCAGCCGCCAGCCCAUCCCCGAGUCCCAGGGUGUCAUCAGUGGUGCAGUUUUCCUCAUCAUCCUCUUCUGCUUCAUCCCUGUUCCCUUCCUAAACUGCUUUGUGGAGGACCAAUGUAAGGCCUUCCCCUACCAGGAGUUUGUGGCCCUGAUAGGUGCCUUGCUCGCCAUCUGCUGCAUGAUCUUUCUGGGCUUUGCGGAUGACGUGCUGAACCUGCGAUGGCGCCACAAGCUGCUGCUGCCCACGACUGCCUCUCUACCUCUCCUCAUGGUCUAUUUCACCAACUUCGGCAAUACGACAAUCGUGGUGCCAAAGCCUUUCCGUUCCAUGCUUGGCUUGCAUCUGGACCUUGGAAUCCUGUAUUAUGUCUACAUGGGACUGCUGGCUGUGUUCUGUACCAAUGCUAUCAACAUCUUAGCAGGGAUCAAUGGGCUGGAAGCUGGACAGUCUUUAGUCAUUUCUGCCUCCAUUAUCAUCUUCAAUCUGGUAGAGCUUGAAGGUGAUUACCAAGAUGACCACGUCUUUUCUCUGUACUUCAUGAUUCCAUUCUUCUUCACCACUUUGGGACUACUGUAUCAUAACUGGUACCCAUCCCAGGUGUUUGUGGGCGAUACUUUCUGCUACUUUGCAGGCAUGACCUUUGCCGUGGUGGGCAUCCUGGGGCACUUCAGCAAGACAAUGCUCCUCUUCUUCAUGCCUCAGGUGUUCAACUUCCUCUACUCCCUUCCACAACUUCUCCAUAUCAUUCCUUGUCCACGCCACCGUGUGCCCAGGCUCAACACCAAAACAGGGAAGCUGGAGAUGAGCUAUUCCAAGUUCAAGGCCAAGAACCUUUCUCUCUUCGGCACCCUAAUUCUGAAGGGUGCUGAAGCCCUGCGACUGGUGGCUGUACGUCGAGGUGAAAAUGAGGCUGGUGCUUACAUUGAGUGCAACAACAUGACCCUCAUUAACCUGCUCAUCAAGAUUCUGGGGCCCAUCCAUGAAAGAAACCUCACUUUGUUGCUUCUGCUCCUUCAGAUUCUGGCUAGUGCUAUCACGUUCUCCAUUCGAUACCAGCUGGUUCGGCUCUUCUAUGAUAUUUGAGAUAUUUGAGUCCUUGACCGUUGACACUUUACUUGAUAACCCCUUGUGCCCCUGUCCCAU